GUGCUUCCACGUGGGUAGGAAAAUAAUAAAAAGAUGUCGUGGGAGUGGAGAGUGUUUUGGCGAAUUUCAAAAGAGAGAAAGAUCAUUCUCGAGUCCCUGGGACUUGAGAAAGAGCCACGGGCCCAUCAAAUAAGAUCAGAUACUUAUAUAUGCUGUACUAGAGAGGUGGGCAUUAAAUGGAGAAGAGGGAGACAGCUGGAAUUCAAGGUUAUGACGGAGAGAGACGAAAAGAGCAUGGCAGAGAAAUGGAAUAAGAUAUUAGUCACUAGUUGUCCACUAUCAAUCAAUGACGAAGAAGUCAGAACACUACUGAUCAAUCAUAUUGAUAAAUUACUCAAAAAAAGUACUUACAAGGACCAAUUGGAGAAUGCCAGGGAGACAUUAUUAGCCAUACCCACUUUAAAACUUGUGGAGGUCCACAAGGAACGAAGUGACCAGCGCAUUAAUGGAUGUUAUUAUGAAUUAACUACAAUAACUUGCUCCUCCCCCUCCCAAUCAAAAUAUCAGUCACUUUGUGUUGAAGGCGAUAGAGGUCAUAUUGACAAAUUUUUGACUAUGCCUAUUGCAGCUGGCGGGAAGAAUAUGUUUCAAUUUUUUGGCGAAGUUGGUCGAUUUUGUGGCUAUCCACAGUUUGUUAAUGAGUUAUGAUCCACUGGACAAAAUUAAUAAUUAAUCUUUUUAUUUUUCCAAAUUUUGCAUGCAAAAAUCAAUGUAAGAAA